AUGAGCAACUACGGCAGGCGCAUAGGCACGACCCAACCACCAUCAACAGGAACAAUCAGACCAGCCCUCCUCCAACAUGAAGCACAGCCGGACGCAAAGAGGCACUGGCCAAUCCGCCACCCGGCAGUAUGCAGAAACUAUCUACGGCCAUUACAUGCUUCAAGGUUGCUCUUUUUUCUUUUCUUUUUUACUUUAUUUUUUUUUUUUUUAACUCUUCAUCUUUGUCUAUCUAUCUAUCUAUCUCUUUUAAGAAAUUACUACUUGUCAAUUGGACGCAAUCAGCCGCUGAAGCCAGAGAAACCAAAAUGGAAGAGUGAUGUUCCAUUAACUGAGGGCCAGUUACGGAGUAAAAGGGAUGAAUUCUGGGACACAGCCCCAGCAUUUGAGGGCCGUAAAGAGAUAUGGGAUGCCCUCAAGGCUGCAGCAUAUGCUCUUGAGACUGGAGACCAUUCUUUGGCUCAAGCUAUUGUUGAUGGUGCAAAUAUAUCUCUACCCAAUGGCACACUGAUGGACUGUUAUGAUGAACUUGGUAACAGGUAUCAGCUGCCUGUCUAUGUACUAAGUGCUCCUACCAAUUUAAUUGAAGAGGCCAGUGACAGUGAUACGAUACAGGACCCUGAGUCAGCGUCACCAGGACUUGAAUUACCAAUCAAAUUCCGUCUUUCACACAGUAACAAGGACUUAAAGUUGUAUGUCCGAACAACAGACACAGUGUGGAAGGUUAAGAAGAGAAUAUUUGAAGAGGAAGGCAUUGAUCCAUCACGUCAACGGUGGUUCUUUUCAGGACGACUUCUUAUAUUUUGCUUUUCUUCAUAUCUCUUGGUUUUUUCCUUCCACUCUCUCCUUCUUCUUUCUCUAUUCUUUACCUUUUUUUAUCAAACUAUCCUUCUCAUUAUUUUUUCUUCUUUUCUUGAUUCAUCCACUUUUCUCUCUUAUUUACCUUCUUUCUUGUUUUCUUUCAACAUUUUUCCUCCCUUCUCUAGUUUCUUCAGACUUUUCCUUCAGUGA